AUGAGCACCAGCAGCACGUCUAGUAACUCACCGCCAGACCCUUUAUCCAUGGAGAACAUGGAACCUCCUGGAAAAAUCAAAAAAUCCAGACAUAGAAUCCCUACAAGCUGCAAUGUUUGCCGGAAAAAGAAGGUGAAGUGUGACAAAUUAAGACCAUUCUGCGGCUCUUGUAUAAGGAGCUCAUCUUGUAAUUCAUGUCAUUAUGAAGUUCAACCUUGGGAUAUCACCAACGAUAUAAAGCAACUCAACCAGAGGAUCAUUCAGUUGAAACAAAAAAAUGCCGAGCUCCAGAGUCUUGUGGCGAAUUAUGAGGUUCAGAUUACCCAUUUGACAAAUACAGUCAGUAGUAACGAUACCACCAAGGAAAGAUUAUUAUUUACUGAAAAUCAGAGUAAUAAUACAAUAUUCAAUAACUUACAUACUCCAAGGUUUAGUAAUAUUAAACCCACUAAAGAUGAAGACGAUGAUCAAAUUGUGGAUUUAGUCAAAGAUUUCGAUGUCCUUGUUAUCAAGGAGAAUAAAUUGCACCAUUAUGGUUCUACUAGUUUCAUGUCCUUGGCCACAAAUGAACCGAUUAUCACUGAUGUGUUUGGAAAAUUUUUGAGUUGUCAUAAAGAAAUUUUUAGAAAAUAUCACAAUUAUCAUGAAGUGGAUGAGAUAAAUGAUGCUGAUACUGCGAUUCUAAGUGCCUGCAGUGGUGAGAAAAUGAGUGAAAUUAUCGAUCCAAUUAACUCCAUUUUGCCCCCAAGACACAUUUUUGAUAAAUUGUUGGAGAGAUUUUUUUCCAAGUGCUACUUACUUAUGCCAUUCGUUGAUAAACAGAUAUUUUAUAUUCAACUUUCACGUAUUUUGAGAUCCAAUGAACACGGGGACUGCUUUUUCAUUGUUCCAGAUAGAUUCCAACUAGUUACGGUAUCUAUGGCCUUGAUUUUUUUGAGAUUUUCUUUCUUAACCCUUCCUAUGGAUAAAGUUUCUGGUGAUUCAAAAAAUAAAAAUGUGGAUGAUUUGACCAUGGAGAUGUUUUCUAGAGAAAUCAAUAUUUCCCCGUUAUUCAUUGAGCAUGCAAAGAAUUGUUUGACCAACUCUUCAGCGCUUAAAAAGGCCAACUUGCAAAUUGUGCAAGCAUUCCUCUAUCUCAAGUUUUAUAAAUCGCAAUCCCCAGAAGAUGGUGAUACAGGGCUUGAUUCUUUAGUAAGUUUGUCGAUCAUCAUACAGAUGGCCAAAUCAAUUGGAUUGAAUAGAGACCCGAGUAAUUUCGAGUUUGUGGAUGAUGCAAGAAUCAGGCAUGUUUGGAGAAAAAUUUGGUUCAAGCUUUUACAAAUGGAUGCUCAGAAAUCACUUAAUUUUGGCUCUCAGUUGCUUAUUCCCGACGAUGAUUCAUACGAUACUGAAUUGCCUUAUAUUGGCAGUGAUUUGCAAAAGACUGGGAGUGCUAAUCCAUACGAGUCGUCUAUUGUGAGAAGCAUUGCGAUAGAAAAUCAGAUGGUGACAAUUUUUAGAAAGAUCUCACAGGUCAUGAUGGUGAUUAAACAAAAUCCAAAAAGAUCAGUAAUUAAUAAGUGUGUCGAGGAUUUGGAGGGUUUUAUGCAGCGAAUCCGACCAUUCCAAGAGUUUGUAAAUAUUGGUACAAUUUCUGGAGCAGGUAGUGGGCGGUCAUUCCCUGAUCGUUGUGAACGGGCCACCGAAUGUAUGAUGGGGUUGGAAGUGCAUAUAAUCUAUAGCGUUUUGAAUCAUAUUUUGACGUUGACAAGUUCCGAAAACGAGAAAGAACUGAAGAAAACAUACAUUGGUAAAUCGAUCUCCUCUGCUCUUUCAGUGUUUAAGUUUUGUCAUGAUUAUUUCAAGCAUCCAAAUCAUGUAUUCGGCGAUGAUUUAUAUAAAUUGGUUACUCCUUCGGUGGUUAUUGCCAUGCAAAGAGUUUAUCAAAUGGUUUGUAUAACCGUGGUGAGACAUUCUGAAAAUUUUGGCAGUACAAUAACAAACGCUAAUGGCGGACCAAUGUUACUGAAAGAAGUUAUUAGAUGGCUCACUUGUAACAAGCAGAAUAUUGCCAAACUUUGUGGCAUUGAUUCUUCUGAUUCUCAAGUGUUGGCACUUCAAUUAUACGCUUAUAUGGAAGAUAUGUACCGGUUUUAUUCGGAGUUAUCAGAGACCUACUUCCAAGCCUGGAUGUUUUGCAAGAUUCUUGGAAUGUUCAUGACCUAUUUAAUCGAAAGGCAUCCGAUAUACCGGGAUUUCUCUAACAAAUUACAUGCUCAGAGAGCAGUAUACCACAACAAAACGUCGAAUGUUAUUAAUUCGGUAGACGUUUCUGACAACGAGCCAAAACAAAGGCACGAUCCAAAUAUUGACCCGAACAAGAACUUUUCGUUGAAUAAUGAUAUUGAUGGAAAUUUAAUGAAUCAAUUCAACGAUUUUCUCAAUAGCCAGCUUUUGCAAUUGGAUAUGUACGCGGAAAAUCCAAGAAUGGAUCAUUGGGCUAAUUUGGUGGAUGAGAAUGGACAAACGAAGCUUGAUUAUUUCAAUCCGUAUUUUGACAUUGAGAAUAAUAUUAAUAGCGAACAUCAUAAAGUUCUACUAGCUGAGGUGGAAGAAAAUAAGAAUAACCUUGGGAAUGUUGCGAGUAAUAAUGGAGUUAAUGAUGAUGGAAUGGCGAUUGAAGAUUUGGGUUUUGAUUUAAAUAAUAUUGGAGGUUUGAACAAUGCAGAUUUCUUGAAAAGCAUGAUGGAACACAAUGCCGUUGGUAGUAAUAACUCUAAUUUGAUGGCUACUGGAGAUGAUGGUGUUGCGGCACCAAUAUUUGGUGGGGGUCCAAUGAGUAAUUCGGCGCUGAUUAUUAGUCCUAACACCAUUCUGGACAUUCAAUCGCAAGACUUCUUGAACAACAUCAUGAACAACAACGAAAUUAAUCAGCAGAUCAAUGGUGUAAUGAGAUCAUCGUCGUCAUCUAAUAUGACGGGAAGCAGCGGUAUUUCACCUUCUGACAUUAACAAUUCCAACGGUAAGAAUAAUAAUAGUAACUUUAUCAAUGAGCCUAAACUGGAAUCAUCGCCAUCCGAAGUGAAUUAUGGAAUGCAAAUUGCCAAGAUGAUGUUUGGUAAUGUUUAA